AUGUUUUGGUCGCGCGUUCAGUUCGCGGCUAGAAAACGGGAGGACAGUCGACCACUUUACCGCCGAAUUUUCACUAAUCGCCGCCUGGAUAUCGCUCACAAAGGUUAGACACGCUCCAUUUGCAGUUCAUAGUGAUAAAAUAUUUUAUUACUGCUAAAACUCUAUGUGAAAAAGGAUUUUUCCAUAGGAAUUUCGGGAUUUCACUAUUGCUCAUUUUUCAGUCGUUGUCCGCUCGAUCCUCGGUUUUCUGGUCUUCAGUACCUCCUAUUGCAUCGUCAACGCCGGAAUUUAUUACAAGUUUGUCGAAUAAUAGCCAGUCUUUCCUGAAAAUCGCAUUUUUCCAGGUUCGUGCGACCGAUUCGUCAGGAAGAGCGUGAGAUUCUGGAAAGGGAGCUCAUCGAAGCAGACAAGUUGGGCUUCGCGAUCAAAAAGUGAGCAAUUCCCUGGUUUUCAGUUGAAACUGAGCCGUUUUCAGAUGAAUCGUCCAUUUUCACGUGUUCUCAUCUCGCUCUCUUCGAAAUGGGAGGGCCUCUUCUUGAUCGGGUGCACUGCCGGCGCUUCCUUCGAACUUUUCAAAAUCUAUUUUACUUUUAAUGGUCAGUUUUUGCUCAAUCGCUAAAACAUUUUCACAAAUGGGAGAAUACAAAAAUCACCCCAUGCUUAUGUGAAAAAUUGAAAAAUUGUUUACAGGUGUGAACUACUACAGUGUGCUGAAAAAGCGUCAAUUGCAGAAGGAGCUGGACGCGUUCGAACGGCAGCUCAAGGAUCUGGACACGAUUAUCGCGACCGGAAGACCGCAAUCUUUAUAG